UUGUGAAAUAUAGUCGUAUAUUUUCUGGGAUUGUUAAUGAAGGACAAGGAGUAGAUGCUAUUUUAUAUUUCUGACAAGAGUAUUUUUCAAAGUUGAAUAUUUUAUAUACAUCUUAAAACAUGCCUGGAGAGGAUCUUUAAGUAAAGGAUCUGAAUACUCCUUCCAACAGAUGCUGUUGUCUUUCACACCCAACAAAAACAACAACAGACUUUUAGUUUGAAGUCAAGGAGUAAUGUUAUUCCGGAAACGCGAAUUGGAAGGGAAGCCAAAUUAUUUUUCCUAGGAAGGCGAAGUCAUGGCCCUCCCUACUCUGCCUCUGAUUGGCUAGUGCUCGGUACCUUCGUUGUUUAGGUUGGUAAGGAUCAGACAUGAGGAGUGAGACUGGUUUGGGUUAGGGGUAAGAAUAUCAGGCUAAGCCAAUCAGAGGCAGAGGAGGGCGGGUCGUGGCUUCGCCUUCCUAGGAAAAAUAUAUCGCGGAAGGCAAGGAAACAAAAUAUUUCCCCUCCUUUGUGGUCAGAGGCGACAGGCAGAUUUAACGUACGCACCCAGCUCUCCGGUUGUUUCAGAGCCCGCUGGAGCUCCGUGGUGCCCGUUAGCAGGAGUCUCGGUCCGGCCUGGUGUCCUCUCGAGCGACGGGAUGUCGGUUUUAUCCAGCAAGGCUCUGCACGAGCAGCUGUCCGUCAUCAUGGGCGCGUUGACCAAAGCGGCGGUGGCGGAGAUCUGCGAGGUGGUGGAUGAAGGUUACGCUGUGCUGCAGAUGGAGAUCAGCCGGAGCCACAAGGAGAACGACGACCUGAGGAAGAAGCUGCACCUCAUCGAGUCCAUUGUGGUCCGCGGGAGCUGCGGGGGGAAGAAGGCGGAACCCGGGGUCGUCGUAGCGGCCGCGGAGGGCUCAAAGCAAGCGGGAACACCGCAGCAGCAGCAGCGGGGCGAUGAUGGAGGAGACACCGCUGCUGCUGGAGGAGGAGACGGAGGAGCUGCUGUCUUCCUGCGGGAGGAGCUUCCAGACGUGGUGUUGAUCAAAGAUGAAGACUCGGACAGUAACGACACCUUCGAGGGGGAAGGGGACAAAGCACCCGCUGACAGAGCGACAGCUGCAGCCAGAGAGAGCGCCACGUCGUCUCCAACCGGCCGGAGUAUGAAGAGACCCUGGCCGGGAAACGAAGACGCUGAGAGGAAGUCGUCCUCUGAGCUCACACUGAUAAGUCCGACGACAUCCAAACAGACGCAGAAGAAGAGCGUGUCCGUCUACAGUCUGGACUCUCCUCGCAGCGAGCCGGGCUGCUCCGCUCAGCUCGGCGGUGACGAGAUGGAAGCCGGCGGCGAGCUGGUUUGUUCGUACUCCUCGCAGAUGGACCCUGACAUCCAUUUGGUCCACCAGGAGUGCUCGCUGGUUCCUCCCAUGUCGAGCGCCAGCAGACAGGUGUAUUACGCCAACAGCACUCUGAUCGACUCUCAGUCUCAGUCUACAGACGGAGCAGAACUGGAUCUCACUCCGACGUGGAGCAAACAGUCCAAAAGCCACAUGGCCUUCGCUCAGUUUCACCAAAACGAAAACAUGGACGGCGACGCUUUCGGCCUCAAGCUGAUCAACGUCUCGGGAUCGACGCCCACAGACUGCCAGCUAUCUGAAAGCAGCAACUCCGCGUUCGGGUACGACGAGGCCGACACGAUGAACUUCGCCGUCUACAGGGACCAAUCAGGUCCAUCGCAGCGCUGUAACGGGGCGGGCAAAGUGAAACGCUUCAUAUGCUCCAUCUGCAACAAGACGUACGCCACGUCUCAGAACCUGGACGUUCACAUGCGGAUCCACACGGGGGAGAGGCCGUUCAGCUGCAGCCAGUGCGGCAAGAAGUUCACGCAGUCGGCUCACCUGAAGUCGCACCUGAGCAUUCACUCUGGAGAGCGGCCGUAUGCCUGCACCCGCUGCUCCAGGAGCUUCAUCGUCAAAUACAGCCUCACGUUACACAUGAAGAAAUGUCACCCCGACGUCUGAGCCAUUUCACAUCAGUCAUAGGUUUUAUUCCAAAACGUUAUGUGCUCUGUAUAUCCAUUUUUAUAUUAAGGAAAAGCCACUUAAAACAAAAUUAUGGAAUUAUAGAAAUGAUGCUUCUCCAAUUGUAAGUUUUACUUUGA